UUUUUUCCCAUCCUAUAGCCGAAUAGAACGUCUUUUCCUUUAUUUGUCAGACCGGAUUCCCACAAAAUUCCAACACCUGUACAUAGAGAAACUUUAAAGGCCCUUCAACUCCAGUGCAGCUUUGUUUCAAAAAUUAACUGGGGGCUGCUGUUAAAAAUUAUAAUGGAAACUGAACGAGGUGAAGCACACCAGCUAGAGGAAUAUGUGGACUGGAGAAACAAACAUGUGGAUAAACCCAAACAUGGUGGAAUCCUUGCUGCAGCUUUUGUUUUCUUGUCCGAAACAUUCGAGAACUUAGCAUUCCUGGCAAAUGCAACGAAUUUUGUGAACUAUUUUUAUGGGUUCAUGCAUUUUUCUCUCUCUGUAUCAGCCAAUACUGUCACAAAUUUCAUAGGGACUUCCUUCCUGCUGCCGCUUUUGGGAGCAUUUAUGUGUGACACCUUCACCACCACCUAUGUAACCGUUAUCAUAUUUGCAGUCGUAGAGCUCUUAGGUUGGGUGUUAUUAACAGUACAAGCACAUUUCCCUUCACUAAAGCCUCCGGCAUGUGACAUGGGAAAUCCAUCCAAUGCUGGGAUUUGCAAGCAGGUGGAAGGUGGACAAGCUCUAAUGCUCUACACUGGUCUGUAUCUCGUUGCUCUGGGUGUUGGAGGCAUUAAGGGCUCUUUGCCUGUUCAUGGGGUAGAACAAUUCGAUGAGAAUGAUGGAAAAGAGAGAAAGCUGAGAUCAAAUUUCUUCAACUGGUUUUUGUUCAGCAUGUGUGUGGGUUCAUUGCUAGCAGUAACAUUUGUAGUGUGGGUACAAGACAAUAAGGGCUGGUUCUGGGGAUUUGUCCUCUCUAUUCUAAGCAUUGCACUUGUAUUAGCUUUCUUUCUAUCAUAUACACGCAGGUAUAGAAACAGGAUCCCCAUCGGCAGUCCUCUAACCUGUAUUGCUCAGGUGUUUGUAGCGGCCAUUCGCAAGCGACGGUUGAACCCAAAUGACAUUCAGUACCAAGGCUACGAAAGUGAACCGACCAAAGUAAAUAGCUCUCACCUUCACCGGACCCCGCAGUUUAGGUUUCUGGAGAAAGCAUCUGUAGUGGAUCCCAGCGCUGGCGGUGCGGAAAGCCCGUGGCGGUUAUGCACAGUGAGUCAGGUUGAAGAAGUGAAGAUAAUGAUGAGAAUACUGCCCAUAUUUGCCAGCACUAUAAUGAUGAACUGCUGCAUUGCCCAGCUGCAGACUUUUUCAAUAAGACAGGCCACAACAAUGAAAACCACCAUUAAUGACUUCAAAGUCCCACCAGCUUCCCUGCCUGCAAUUCCAGUGAUUAGCAUGAUCAUCCUUAUUCCAAUCUAUGAUCGAGCAUUUGUGCCUUUGGCUCGCCGCUUAACUGGCAAAGAAACGGGCAUUUCUCAUUUGCAGAGAGUUGGUGUGGGAUUAGUGUUAUCCAUAAUAUCAAUGGCAGUCGCUGCAUCGAUGGAGAUCAAGAGAAAAAAAGUUGCAAGACAUUAUGAUUUGAUCGAUUCUUCCCAGCCUUUGCCUGUGACGUUUUUGUGGGUUGGCAUUCAAUACUUUGUGCUGGGAAUUGCUGAUAUGUUUGCAUUGGCUGGACUGAUGGAAUUUUUCUACUCGCAGGCACCUUGUAGAAUGAGAUCAAUGGCAACAGCUCUUUCAUGGGUGUCUAUUUCGAUGGGGUAUUAUCUGAGCUCGGUGCUUGUGUCCAUUGUUAAUGGCGCCACUAGACGUUUUGGAGAUGGCGUUGGAUGGCUUUCAGGGAAUAAUUUGAAUCGAAAUCAUCUGGAUCGCUUCUACUGGCUUCUCUGUUUUCUCAGCGCACUCAAUUUUGUCAAUUAUCUUUUGUGGUCUGUGUGGUACACUUAUAAAAGAUGAGAUACUGAGAAUUCGUUCUCAAGCUUUUCUAUGAAUAAGAAGCCAUUGUAGAUCUUAUAAAAACCCUGAUAUGGAUAACGUAGAAACAAGUAUAAAGCAAUAGAUUUUAUGUAUUUAUAAUUAUUCAAAGGUUAAAUAUUUUAUA